AUGACUCUGCAACCACAACCAGGCCAGUCCUUGAACUUAUCAACCGCGAACUCCUCUCUCAAGACGGCCUCAACAGAACCCAAACAACUCAACGCUAGCCGAUUGACUGCUGAAGAAUACCGGUUUCUAUCGAAGAGACGGUACUACGACAAUGUUCUCAUCGACUCUCGAGAGCUUGCCUUGCGAGUCAACCUCGAUGACCCGCGGCGCUGGACUCCUGCAAAGAAACCCUGUGCUAUUCUCGGUAUGCUCGGUAUGCUCCCGUCGGAGAUACAACUCCACGUCUUUGCUGUAACUCCCAUCAGCACGCUGUUUGAUCUGCGAGCCACGAACUCUCAUGCAAAGCAGCUCAUUGAGCAAUGGCAGCCGUUCCAGACCGCCAUGACAGAAGGCUCCGAUGCAGUCCGUGCCCUCGUUGCCACGGGUGCCGGUAACUUAUGGACAACACAACAGAUUGUCGACACUCUCUUCACCACCCAAUGCGAGUUCUGUGGUGAGCACGGGGAACUCCUGCAGCUCCUCAAGCUCAAACGCUGCUGCUUCCGGUGCCUCUCACAGGAACGCGAGCUCCUUGCGGUCUCGGAGAGGUACGCUUGCGAAGUCAUGAAGCUCGAGCCCAGCGAAUUGGCGCAGCUCCCCCUUCUACGCAGCCUGCCUCAGAAAUGCUUUUGGGGUUCUCCGGCACGAGAGCGGCGUUGGCUGUUUGACUUCAAUUCCGCCCUUAAGGUUGUGCGACAACACCCAAGAGCGCAACGUUCUCGCCCUCCGGCACCAUCGAGGAUUGGAAACUGUGUACGCGCAGCACGCCUGUGCGAUCCGUAUUCCAGGCAAGAAACGCCAGACGACCCGUCUUCCGAAAGGUGGCCUCCGCGUGGAGAUCUUGACGGUAGAAGUGGUCCAUUGUGCCGGUUGAGCCUUCUACUGGAACUAUCACUCACCUCUACCAUGGCAAUUUCACCGUCUCUACGCGCAUCAGACCGGCAAGACGGACACUUCCUUUACACAUCAUCUGGAAUACUGCGUGUACGCCAAGCUGCAGUGGUCGUGGCUGCAUAG